AUGACUUCGACGCGUUUGCAACGACCGCCAGAAAGAGAAGAAGAAGAAAAGGAGGAAAGAUUCUUCGCGGUGACGUACACGAACGAGACGCACAAAAAACGACCGAAAUGGAAAGACGGAUUUGUGAGCAUAGUGCGGUGUUGCGCGGCGUCUCAUUCGGGGUCGCUCUCGGUGGUUUUGUACGGCGCAAAUGCGCAGAAUAAUCGGGGCUCGUUUGAGGAAGUCACGAGAGAAAGUUUCGCGUCGUCCUCGGAAACGACGAGGAAAAAAGCAGGCCUUGAAACGAUCGCGAAAAUUUCGCGCAAAGAGACGAAAGCGAUUCAAUCGGUUUUAGAAAAGUUGGAAGAAGAAAAUACGAUCGAGGAAUUUAGCGGAUACAAAGUUGAAAUCGACGAAGAGUUUGGAAAGGACGGGAACGCGGUGUCGAGACAAAAGGCGAUGAAUCGAUCGGCAGACGUUGGGCGGGAGACGUCGCUGUUUCGGGCGACGAGGAGUAUACGCGAGAGUCAGACGCCAGCGUCGUUUCGGAAUCCGAUGUUUACUAAGACGACGACGGUGACAAUAGAUACGCUUACGCCGAUACAGACGGUUGGUGUGAGUGCGAAGGACGUCGCUGGGAAACGAUCACGUAUAGAGGAGGAGGAAAUGAACGACGUCGGUCUUCGCGAUGUGGGCGCCGCCGCUUCGAAGGAAAACGAGCAGCCUUGUAAUGCGGCGAAACAGCCAAAAAGAGUAAACAUCGCGGCAGCGUUGAAAGAAAGGCUCGCGAAUUUGACAAAACAGAAAGAGGAAAAGGAAAAGAUGAUGGAAAUAGUAGCAGUGGAAGAAGAAGAAGAAGAAAAAUACACGGAGGACGAAGAGGCGAUGGUUCCACAGCGCGUGGUGAACUAUGGAAAUACGAAUUCUUCAUACGCGCAGCAGCAACAGCAACAACAACAACACAAUGGUAAUAGCAAGAAUAAUCAAUAUCGAUACGCGGAACCGACGAUUGCUAUCAAGUUUCCGUUCGAAAAGCUUUCCGCGCACGUCGCUUUACGGUUCGAAGGCGGCGUUCGAGAAUACCAAAAUUACCUCCUCUCGACUUCGUGCGAACAACUUUCGCUCAAGCUCAGGAACGUUUCGGACGCGGUGCGAACGGUCGUACACGCUCUUCCGCAGCAAAAAAGAGGCGCACCGGUUGCGACGACCUCGGUGCACGUGAACACUACUGUCGAUCCAAAAAACUUAGGCAUUAGACUUGGACGACAGUAUCGGAUUCAUUACUGGAGCGAGUGUAAAAUGACCGCGUACAAGACGCAAACGAAAAAAGACGAAGAGACCGGCACCGUUAAACUAUCUAAAACUGUCGUCGAACUCACGCUCGGUAGGUGCGAAUUCCAUAGACCGAACGAUUUUGCAAAAGGUGACGUUUACGUGCUCUCUACAGAUCCAGGCUUUUUUCUCUCCUCUCCCGUGGCAAAAAAUACUCGACAAGGUAUGGAUACGUACAAAAACUGGACCGGCGUCGUCGCAUCCACGUGGCACGCACCCGAUAAAGAAGGUAAGAUGCAUGUAGAAAUGCUCGGCGAUUUACCGAGAACACUGAAAGAGUCGCUCAAGAAUAGCUCGAACGGUGGAUGGGUGAAGAGAAAGUCCCUCACGUUAUACGCAGCGCGAGCUCUGAGCGCUUUCGGCGAGUUGGAGGAGAUGAAGAAUGCGCUCGAAAUGGUCAAAGAAGACACGAUGCCACUCAUGCGAAUGAUAAUGAACCCAUCAGUCGCAGAACUGACCAGCGAGCACGCGGAAAAUAUAGCAGCUGACGAGGAGGAAGAUUUUCAAGAUUUGGAGUUUACGUUCCAGAAUCAAUACGGUUUGAAUCACGAUCAAGCUGUCGCGAUGAAGGGAAUGGUAAACACAGAAUGCGGCGUGAGUUUGGUGCACGGUCCGUUUGGGAGUGGUAAAACGAAAUUAGUCGCGAGCUUUAUUCGCGAACACGUCGCGAGUGUGAAAGAUAUGCAGCACAAGCUGGGUGUUCUUCCUCCGGAUACGAAACAACGAAACGGCAGAAUUUUGGUUUGUGCAAACACCAACGUCGCUGUCGAUCGCGUGUUAAAAACGCUCCUCGAGAAUGGUUUCACCGAUUUCUGUCGCGUCGGUUCGUUGACCAAAAUUGACGCGGACAUUCUCCCAUUUUCUAUUCACGCCAAGCGUGACUCGAAGAAAGGCAACACGCACAUCGAAGAACUCGAGAAAGCGCUGAAAGAAAACGAGAAAAUUUCCUCGAGAAGAAAACGCAUCGAAGAAGAAAUCAAAAACUUGAAAAUAAAAGGCGCCUUACAAAAGCGCGCCAAGUUGGUGAAAUCCGCGCCAGUGGUUGCCGUGACGUGCAGUUCUUGCGUGAACAAGCACUUGGAAGAUCAAAAGUUUGACAUUUUAAUCUUGGACGAGUGCUCGCAAAUGACUGAGAUAUGCAGCCUUUUGCCGUUAGCUCGGUUCGGCGUGAAACAUUUGAUAGCGGUUGGAGAUCCGAAGCAGUUACCGCCGGUUUUAGAAAGCAACUUGGAAUAUCCGACGAUUUCUGAGCAACAACCCACGUUAUUCGUGCGACUUGCGAAACUUGGGCUACCCGUGACGCUGUUGCGAACACAAUAUCGAAUGCAUCCGCUCUUGAGCGAAGUCCCGAACGCACAUUUUUAUGAGAACAAAUUGUUGGAUGGCGUUUCGGCGAGCGACCGCGGAGCGUUACUCGAAGGAGUACCUCCUUUGGUUUUUUUCGACACGCACGGCGAAAACGCGCGAGAAGAGCGAAGAGGCCAGUCGAAAUUCAACGCUUCCGAGGCGCGCGGGUGUGCUGUUAUCGCGCGCGAGCUUCUAAACCGCGGAUUGAAACCAAAAGAUGUUGGUAUUAUUGCGUUUUAUCGCGCGCAGGUGGAUUGCGUGAACUCGUAUUUAGUAAGAAUGCGCGUCGGUGCGACUACCACUGCAAAUAUCCUCGCGCCAUCAGAAUUGGACGAGGAAGAGGAUGGCGAAAUUCAAGUUUCCACAGUAGACGCGUUUCAAGGCCAAGAGAAGAAGGUUAUUAUAUUGACGCUUUGUGGAGCAUUUAAAGGAUCAAAUUCGUUCACGACGAGGGAGCGUUUGAACGUCGCGCUGACGCGUUCGCAGAGACACGAGUUUAUCGUCGCCGAUUCGAACGAGAUUGGGAGAGACUGUCUCGCGUUACGCGAUGUCUUGAGUAAGGCAAGAAAAACGCCGAGUGGUUAUCAUCCUGCUUCGCGACGCAUCGAUGACGUCGUGUGUAAAUGGCCUUCGUUAGUUACGGCUACAUCGUGCGAUUUCGAUGUCGCGACGGAUAUCGAACGGAAUGCUGAAUUAAAGGAAGAUGACGCCGAUGGGGAGAGUGAGGAUAUCGUGUGUGUUCACGACGACGCCGACAAUGCCAAUAAUGAUAUAGCAUCACCCUCGUCUUAUACCGAAUAUGAUGACGAUGAAGAUGAAGAAGAAGAUAAUAGUGAUGAGCCUUCGCCGCCGGCUUCUCCGAAAGUCGAAGAGAAAGUUGAGUUUGAUAUGAACGAAGCCGAGAGAAAGAACGAGUACGAUCCUUCCUCGUGUCCUCAGGAGUACCUUCCGAUCAUAGAAAAACUUGAAGAGAUUGAAAUACAGCCAGAUGAGUAUUACUUGUGGUACAAGAAACUCUCAAGAGCUUUGUUAUUUCGCGUUCAGGCGGAUCGCCGGUGGUGCGAAUCGGACAAUAAAAUGCGCACGAUGCUCCACGACCUUGGCUUCCCUGGCAUCGACCACGUCUCGUGGAAAUGGACGUCAAAGCCGCUCCGUCGCGCAAUCUUCGAGAAGUUCUUCCCUGCUUUUGCGUACUACGUCCACAAACACUUCGGCUACGAAUACACUCGCAUGCGUAAACUCAUCGAAAAAUACGACUCGGUCGACGCUUUGCGAAAAGACGAAACCGGCUUUGGUCUUCACGCCAUACGAGAAGCCGAAACGCAAGAUUUAAGCGAACGCGGCGCGAGAUGGUUGACCAGGAAGUUGAGCUCAUCAGAAUGA